GACCACAAGUAUUAAGCUACUUCACUUGUAUGAUUCAUACAGUGGGCUUUCCUUUUGAGUCCUAAAUGUUUCUCGCAUUUUCCUGGUUACAUUAGAAGUGACAGGCGGCGUAGCACCGCAUUUUUUCUUGUAUGUGCUGUAAUAUCGUUCUAUUGGUAGGUUUUGAGAAAUGUGGCAUGAUUUACAAAGCACAUCUAGCAGUUGCUGUCUCAAUAGUUUGUCAGGUGCUCUCCUACUCCUUUGAGGACAGUUUCCGUUGGAAACCUGCAGAACACAGGAGGAAGAGAAAAAUAAUUGAUUUUAAGGACAAAGACAAACGACUGUGGUCCAUGCCAGUUCCUUAUGCUUUCUCUACAAAUUUCACAGCCGAAAGUGACAGAAAAAUAGUCCGUGCUGCCAUCAGUGAGUGGGAACUAGAGACGUGUGUGAAGUUCCGGGAGGUGGAAGACCAAGAGGAAUACGAAAGGACGACCGUUGUUCUUGUUAAACCGCAAGAUUCUAGUUUAUGUGGUGUUGGGGCCGGAAGAAUCUACAUUUUCACAGGGAACCGUCAGGUCCUGUUCCUGGGACAUCGCUGUUUAACGGUCCAGACGGUAGCCCAUGAGUUCGGCCACGUUCUAGGUCUAUACCAUGAGCACGCACGACCCGACAGGGACCGCUACAUUGACAUUAUAUGGUCGAAUUUGACGAACUUUGAAAGCACGAAGAAACAGUUUUCUAAAAAGCCGGAAGGAUCCAUCACCACGCUGGGGUUUCCUUAUGAUGUUGCAUCUCUAAUGCAUUAUGGUCCUCAUAUCUAUGGUAAGACGUGGGAUUCUGUGACAAUACGUGCCAAAGAUCCGCUCCUGCAGUUGAGUAUAGGUGCCACCACCGACACCACCAUCCAGUUUUAUGACGCUAAAACUGUGAACUAUUUCUAUUGUAACGUUUCCAAAUUAGACACCUGCCGCAACAGCGUGAUGAACCUUCAGUGCCAACAUGGUGGAUAUCCCGACCCGAAAUCUUGUCACCGAUGUCGGUGUCCCCAAGGCUUUAGCGGUGACCUCUGUGAAUGGCACGAACGAUACACUGGAGCUGAUCCCUGCGGCGGGGUUAUUCCUGCAGAAAGCUUCAACCAAUCAAUAUAUUCGCCCAACUAUAUCAACGAAUUUGAACAUUUUUCAUACAAAAAGGGCCAGACUUGUAACUGGCUUAUAAAGGCACCACAUGACAAAUUGAUCGCUGUAAGAUUUACUGGGACGCGUUUUGGGUUUCCUUGCACGACGUACCCAUAUGUGACAUGUGACGAUUACGUAGAGGUGAGGUACGGGGACGACAUUGGCGUAACAGGGGCAAGAUUUUGCUGCCAAGAAAGGCCGAACGUCACAAUUAUUUCGUCGAGUAACGAAGUUUUGGUCCUGCUGAGAUCAACACGCAAAGAACAUGCCGGAUGCGGGAAGAGAUUUGGGUUCCGUCUAAACUACUGGAUGGUGAAUCCAGUGAACAGAAAUGGUACAAAAUCGCGUUCAUCUCGGUUGCUUGCAGUAAAUACACUUUACCUGUUUUUCACUUAUGUAUGGGUGGUAGAAUGGUUGUAGAAUGUGUACUUAAUGUAUUUUCUUAAACAAACCAAAGCGAAAGUGAGUAAACCACUCAGCAUUGUUUUUUAUUUAAAAGAUGCUUCCUAAUAUCACUUACAGUGUUGCCUUUGGGCUGCUUUAAAGUGAAGUGGUUUUAUGAUAUAUAAACUUUUUUGUUUUGGUAGUUGCUUCACUCAAUUGUUAUGUAAUUUACUUAUUUUUUCAAUAAAUGACUUAACCAAUAAAAAUAGAAUGAAAGUGAACAUGAUAACAAAUAUAAAGAUUAAACAAACAAAAUUUUAAUGACAUACAAUAUACAGAAAUGGUUUUUAAAUAACAGAGUUCACCUAAAAACCACUUUAACUGUUACAGUAAACAGUGCUAUGUACAUAAUGUUACAAAUUAUUAUACCGUGUAUGAAGUACUGUUAUAAGACCCAUUUGACUCAAGUGUAUUAUUCAUUCUUGCUUUUAAGAGUCUAGAUACUUCAAUUAAAUCCAUUAUAAAAAUAUGAACCAAGUAAUAAAUUCUGUUGGAAAAUAAAUAAAUAAAUAAAUAAAUAAAUCCCAUUUAAAUAAGUUGAUGGCUCUCACAACAGGACCAGAAGUAAAUUUUGGAGGUAAUUGUCUGUCCACCUGUACAUUUUGGUGACUUCACCAUCAGAGAUGCACAGCAACUGUAAUAGCAUCCUUCAUUAUAAAUGAAGUCUAUGGAAUAGUUCAGUGUCUAUAUUCAGAGUUAAUAGAUGGAAAGAGAUGUCCAGAGUCUUUCAGCACACUUUUGUGUAAGUCUUUGUUUAUUACAAAAUGAGUUUCAUCAUCAACGGUCAAGGAUCUUGAAAAAAUAUUCCACCUGAAAAUAAAAUAAAAACAACAUAUUUAAGUAAAUGAUUUUACACGUAAGCCAUUUAACCAACAACCUUGUGAUGAUUCAUAAGUUUACAUGGCAUCUGAAAGAUAUAGAUUUAUGAAGCAAACACUCGUCCCCCUCUCCCAAAUUAUUUUUGACACUGUAAAUUCAAAUAAACUGCAUACAAGAUAAUUCAAAGGUAGUUUUCAAUACCAGUCAACUCAACUACCCUGGGGUAGCCAUUUGGCACGAUUAUAUAAUACUUGUAGUUAUA